GUCCCAGCCCUGUUUCAGAUUUUCCUCAGCACUUAAGCAACCAUGUCCAAGCCCAGCGCCCCACCUCCAUAUGAGGACCGGAACCCCCUGUAUCCUCCUGGCUCCCCACCAGGCUAUGGACAGCCAUCUGCCCCCUGGGGGUACCCUGCCUACCCUGCCUACCCACAGCCUGGCUAUGGUCAUCCUGCUGGCUACCCCCCGAUGCCCCCCAUCCACCCGAUGCCCAUGAACUUUGGCCCUGGCUAUGAUGGGGAGCGAGCGGUGAGCGACAGCUUUGGGGCGGGAGAGUGGGAUGACAGGAAAGUCCGACACAACUUUAUCCGCAAGGUCUACACCAUCAUCUCCAUCCAGCUGCUCAUCACCGUGGGCAUCAUUGCCAUCUUCACCUUUGUGAAGCCAGUCGGUGAGUUUGUGAGGCACAAUGUGGCUGUGUACUACGCAUCCUAUGCCGUCUUCAUGGCUACCUAUCUGACCCUCGCCUGCUGCCAGGGGCCCAGACGCCGUUUCCCAUGGAACAUCAUCCUGCUCGCUCUCUUUACACUGGCCAUGGGCUUCAUGACCGGCACCAUCUCCAGCAUGCACAAAACCAACGCUGUCAUCAUCGCCAUGAUCAUCACUGCUAUCGUAUCCAUUUCUGUCACCAUCUUCUGCUUCCAGACCAAGGUGGAUUUCACUUCCUGCACGGGCCUUUUCUGUGUCCUGGGCAUCGUGAUGAUGGUGACGGGCAUUGUUACCGCCAUUGUCCUGGCCUUCAAAUAUGUUUAUUGGCUGCACAUGCUCUACGCGGCUCUGGGGGCCAUUUGUUUCACCCUGUUCCUGGCGUACGACACGCAGCUGGUGCUGGGCAACCGGAAGCACACCAUCAGUCCAGAGGACUACAUCACGGGUGCCCUGCAGAUCUACACUGACAUCAUCUACAUCUUCACCUUUGUGCUGCAGCUGUUGGGGGACCGCAACUGAUCUGCACCAUACCCCCUGCUUGAGCAUUCCCGAGGGGAGGGCCCUGUGACUGGGUUCUGCCCACCCCCUUCACCCCACUUCCCAUGGUGAUGUGCUCCACUUGCUCUCUGGCCUGUCAUGGGUGUAGGCUUUGGAGUAUCCAGGCAUGGCCUGGGUUUCAUCACCCUGCUUGUCUGCAGCAGGAGGGGUGGGGGAUUCUCUCAGCCGGCCAGGAAGGGCUGGAGUCACAGGUAUCAGAGGAGAAAUGACUUGGGAUGCCACAACCCUUAACCAGGUCAGAGCUCUUGGUCCUGGCCUUCUGUAUCCUAGGCUUCCCCUGCUACAGUCCCUUCUCUCUACUUUUGGGGGGGUCUGGAAGAGCAUAGUAGUGCUCUCCUGGUCAUCCACUUGCUCCUAAGCUGUCUGGGGCCUCUCUAAAUGCCUCUGAGAGUCUCUAUUAGAGUGAGUCACUAACUUCCUAUGGCUCGAUC